CGUGCAGCACUUUCUUUGUUUCACUUCUGUGUAGUAGGCUACAAAUACAGCAGAAGACAAAGAGAGCCUCAGUCCGCUGCAGCAUGAAGUCCGGUUUGAAAGUGACACGUCUACGAUGAACAGAGAAGGACCAGAGCUUUCAGGUUUCAAAGCACAGGGGAGUUGAAGGAAAAGUCAGACCAUGUCUACAAACACAGGUGAAGAACAUGCAGUCCUAUUCACCAUGCUCUCCAAACUGGGACUGGAGCAAUUUUAUCCCAACAAGCUCACUCUUCGGUCUCUAUUGGAGAUCAACAAAAACAGCAUAAAUGAAGAAGCUGCCUUAUCAGUACAGAAAAUACCUUGGUGCUUUCUCAGAAAACUAUUUAAAAUCAAUGCAGAAUGCAGGGGCUGUACACAAGUAUCAAACAGUGAUGAUAAUGAAGAAAGCAGUGAUCCCUUUGAUCUUGACCUUUAUACUGCUGAUGAAUCUGCAGACAAUGAGGUUAACCCUCUCGACCUCAUAACAGCACUCUUCCUUUGUGCUGACAGCUUCUUGCAACAGGAAAUGGCCCUCAAGAUGUCAAUUUGCCAGUUUUCUGUCCCACUGCUGAUGCCCCAUGUCAAUAACAGUCAGAGUACCCUGAUGCUGUGGGCUCUGAGGGACAUUGUCAAAGAGUGGUGUCCACACAGUUUGUCUGAAUCAAGAGACUUUGUUGAAAACAACAUUGUCCAAGCAAAGAUACCAUUCUAUUCCUUUGUGAGGCUCAAAAACUGUACUCUGUCCAAGUCCCAGAUUUUGAAUCAAGUUCUCAGCCUUGGCCAGCAGAAUCACAAUAUCUUCAUACACAGAGACAUGAAAGGAGGAGCAAUUGAAAGACACAUUGCCAAUGGCUUGGCUGAGGUGUGCUGGUACCUUCCCAGAGGCAGAGAACAUCCUGAUGUAUUUCCAGACCCAAUUGCAUUUGCCAAUCUGAGAGGAAACAUUUCUGAGUCACUUGCUCAGUUCACUUUUCUGUUUCAUGUGUCAACUGCUACCUUUGUAUUCCUGGACAAAAUUGAAAAAGAGGAGCAUGAGAUUCUGACUUCUCUUCAAGAUGUGAAAUCCAAACUGUUCUUGGUUGUCAACCGCAAGGAUGGAAGUGCUAAAGAGGACAUGGAAUCUGUCAGGAAAACAGUGAAAGAAUUAGAUUUGCCGAAUAGCAGUGUGAAAAUGAAAGACCCAAGAGUAAAUGUUGUAGGGUUCUCAGAAAAACUUUCUGCAGCCAUUAACAAGAUAACAGUUGGAAAACCCACAAUGGACAUUGAAAAUAUGCUUGACAAAGCUAUUGAUUUUGGUCUGUCUGUGGAUGAAUGCACAAGUGAUGACCAAAAGAAAGCAUCAGAAAAGAUUGUCAAAGGAAUUGGAGUACAGAAGAUACCAGACUACAAGAACAAACAGCUUCCUCUGCAAGGCGCUGACUGGAAAAGGUUAUCGCAGCUGGAGAAAGAGGAAUGUAGGUUAAAGAGGCCUGAUACUCGAGCACCUGAAGAAUAUAAAUCUCAGCUACUGGAAGAAAAACAACAAAUCAAGGAGAAGCUUGGCAAACAGAAACUAUCAGAUGAUAUGAAGACUUUCAUUAAUCAGUUACCUAAAAAUGACAGCAAGAGCAGAGAUUUUUUCCUUAAGUGGAUGAAACUCAAAUUGGAUGCACAUUCCCGGGAUCAGCUAUCUUCACUCCGCCAUCAGUGGACAGAACAAAGCAACAAAGAGAACAAAGAUGUGGAAGAGAUUGCAAAGCUGGAUCGAGAGUUGCUGGAAAGCUCUUUAGGGUUAGAGCAUUACCUGAGAGAGAUGGGACUGAUAUAUGAGUUUUCAUUGCAGUCACAAAACUGUGCUGAUGAAAUACGUCGUCUCCCUGGUUUGGCAGCUGAACUGCUGUUGGAUGGAUAUCCUUUAGAGCUCUUGGAUGGAGAUGCUUCCAACAUCCCAGAGAAAUGGGUGACAGAUGUACUAAUGGAGCUACACAUUAAGGUUGGAGAGAAGAGCAGACUGUUGGUACUGACCGUGUUGGGUGUUCAGAGUACCGGGAAGUCAACACUCCUCAACACCAUGUUCGGUGUGCAGUUUCCAGUCAGCAGUGGAAGAUGCACAAGAGGAGCGUAUAUGCUCUUCCUCAGAGUAAGUGAUGAUAUGCAACACCAGCUGAACUGUGACUUCAUAGUUCUCAUUGACACAGAGGGCCUCAAGUCUCCUCAUUUGGCACAACUAGAAGACAGUUAUGAGCAUGACAACCAGCUGGCAACCUUUGUCAUUGGUUUAAGUGAUGUCACAAUUAUCAAUGUUGCAUCUGAGAACUCCACAGAAAUGAAAGACGUGCUGCAAAUUGCAAUCCAUGCAUUCCUGAGAAUGAAGCAAAUCGGUAAAAAGCCAAUUUGUCAUUUUGUGCACCAGAAUGUUGCUGGAGUCUCUGCUCAUGCAAGGACUUUGACGGAGAGACAACUUCUCUUGGACCAACUCAAUGAAAUGACUAAAAUUGCUGCUGAAAUGGAAAAGCAGCCCUCCAUAAAGAGAUUCACAGAUGUGCUGGACUAUGACAUAAAAGAAAACAACUGGAACAUCCCCGGACUCUGGCAUGGGACUCCACCUAUGGCACCAGUGAACACAGGUUACAGUGAAGCUGUAGCAGGUUUCAAGAAAAACCUCUUGGAGACAGUGAAAAAAGUAAAAACCGAUGAUGUUUCACGGAUUCCAGAGUUUCUAGAAUGGGUAAGAAGUCUCUGGAAAGCAGUCAAAUAUGAGAACUUCAUCUUCAGUUUCAGAAACACUCUUGUGGCUCAUGCUUAUGACAACCUUUGCAAGAAGUUCAAUCAAUGGGAAUGGAAAUUCAAAAAAGACUUGAUCUUUUGGCAGGAUGGGGCAAAGUUACAGAUCUUAAAUUCUGACAACAAAACACAUGUGAACACUUGGAAGACAAUGGUUGCCUCAAAAAAAACACAGUUGAUCGCCAAAAUAGAGGGUGGACGAAAAGAAAUGGACGAGAAACUUGAUGAAUACUACAAAAGGAAAGACAUACACGUGAACCUGAUAGAGAAAUACAAAAUUGACUUUAUCAACCGUAUCAGAGGUCUUAAAGAGGAAUUCCAACAUUCAGUAAACAACGCAUUGGAUUGUGCUCUUGAAGAAAAAAAAAGUUCAAAAGAGGCUCAGGACAUUCAGAGCAAACACAGAGAAAUGAUAGAAAAAGAAGUAAUGAAACUCUUGAGUGAUCGCGAACACCGCACACUUUCUGAUGAACAGUUGAAACGUGACUUUCAACAGAUGUGGACAAAAGUCACAGCAAAUGUGUCUGGACUGAAAGAACUAAACAUAUCUGAAAAAGUCCUUAAACAGUUGAGGAUACAUUUCUCAAAUCGUAACUUCAAUGAGGAAUUACAGAACAUUACAGACCUGAAGGACAUAGUCAAGGGCCCAUUUGAGGUCAAAUCUGAACAUGUAAAAGUAGGUUGGAAAGGUUUGGCAGUCUGGCAAAAAGAAGCUUUACAUAAAGAUUUGCAGAGUUUUGCAGACACUGCCAUUGAGUCUUGCAAACUGUUUGUACUUGGUAAAGCAAAAACCGACACAGACUACCAUGACACUUUUACAAAGGAUCUUUUGGAAAAAGUAGAUGAUUCCCUUAAAGGAAACCUUUUCCAGCCCAAGUUUGAGAUUGACCUGAAACUUCACAUUUGUGGCAUUGCCUCAAGAGAGUUCCUUCAAAUGCACAGACAUUUAUUGUCAAGAAGGGAUCCCAGAAUUCAGCUGGAUAAUUACAAGCCACAGUACUUGUUGGAUUUUAUCGAUCUAUACAAAAAGAAAGAUCAUUGCCAACGCAAAGCAAAUGCUUUUGUCAGACUUUGUAUCAAACCUGCUGUUGAAGAGUACAUCAGUAGACAUCUGGGAACUAACAUUGUGGAUGAAGUGUUGGCAGGCCGCCAUUCAGCAGAGUACAGUUCCCGAAACAUUUUCCAGUACAACAUUCAGGAAGAGUUGCUGCAAAAAGAAGACUUUCAGAGUUUUGUCAAGUUCAUUUGUAAAUAUGAAAUGUAUGUAAAGGAUUUGAUAUUUCAGCACAUUUUGCAAGAAAUGUCAGAGGAUAAAGCUUUAUGCAAACUGAAAAGUCAGAAUCUGCAAGUCAUAGUUAAAAAAAUGACUGAUGCAACUGAAAGGGCUUCAAAAGGAUGGGAUGGUGUCCUGCUGCCAGAUAACAAUGAAAGCAUCACAAAGCUCAUCAAAAACAUGCGCAGACAUUUGACCAAAGAUAUCUCGAUUUCAGAAGAGGCUGAAAAAACCACCCUGUUUCAAAUCCAAAGCACGUGCCAUCCAUUUAAAGAGAGCCUUGUCAAAUCAUUGAGUGAAAUGAAUGAACAGCUGCAGGAGGAGUUCUCAAAAUCUGAAGAUAUCACUGAGACUGUGAACAAACUUCCAACCAAACCACAGGAUGAGCUUUUCAAUCGGGUGUUUGGUUGUGGACAUCAAUGUCCAUUUUGUAAAGUUCCUUGUGAAGCCGGAGGUAAAAGACAUAUCAAACAUCAUGCAGCUGUUCAUCGGCCACAAGGUCUCGGUAAAGGCAGGAAUCACAACACUCAGAAGCUGGUGGAAACACUGUGCACAACUGCUGUUCACAGUGAAGCUAAAUUCCAGUGCGCAGACACUAAUGGAGAGUGGUAUCCUUACAAGAUGUACACCUUCAUCUACCCAGACUGGCUCAUUCCUCCAGACUACACCAGGGAGGCAUCUGACUACUGGAAGUAUGUCCUGGUUAAAUACAAUCAGAGAUUUGCCCAAGAAUACAACGCCAAGCCAGCUGAUGUUCCAGUAGCAUGGAGGAAAAUUACAAAGGAACAAGCACUGAAAGGCUUGAAGGAAGCCUUCAACAUUAACCCUCCAAGCCCUCUAAGGUCAAACCCCCAUGUUCCUAGGUUAGUCACGCUUGGGCCUUUUUGGUAAACAUGCUAUCAAAACAUGCAUUUCAAAUCUUGGUGACCAUAGGGAAAAAAUGUAAUAUUUCAAAUCACCAAAAUCAAUAUGUAUCGACAAUAUUUACAUAAAAAGUAAUGGCAUUAUAAUAUCAACAAGGUUAGUUGUGCCAUUCCUCAAAGCAGUUUAUGUCAGAUACAAGCCAGAGGUCCACACCACGCUGUCUACACCUCCAGGGGGGGCUGGCUGGCCUGAAUGAUCUGCCUACAAAAAAUAAAAAUAAAGCUCAUCACAGUGGACAUGGGUAUGGGAAUAAUAUUUCACACAGCCACUAGCUUCUUGGAAAUAUGCCCCUUUUUAUACUGUACAGUAAGGACAAUAACUGCAGCGAAAAUAGAAAGAGCAUUGAGAGUGUAAAAGAGUGUAUUGAUUAUUCUUUGUGAAGAAAGCCUUCAACAUUAAAUGAACAACGCACAGUCCUGACAAAAAUCUCUUUAAGGUGGGGAAGGUCAUUUUGGAGAAACCAGCUCGAGUGCGCUAGAAUUUGAAAAUACAUAGCCGGAGAAAAUCUGCCACUUCCUUACAGAGUCCCUCCUCCAACACACACGAACGCGCACAUGACCAAUGAGGGCACGAGAUAAGUUUGUGCACAGAUGGAAGGCUGACAGGCAGGUAGGCCAUCCAAUCAUUUUAGCCGGGCCGGCUAAAAUGAUUGGUCGUGCUUUUCACAGUACCACGGCUUCCACAGAUGACAUUUUUUUAUGGAUUUUUUGUCAAAGCACUUAAGAUAUUCAUUGCUAUCGGGGUGUUAAGAGCAUUCCAUGGAAUAUAACAAAAAGUAUAUCUCGAGCCGGUUUCUCAAACUUACCUACCCCACCUUUAAACAAAACAACGUUUAAAAACGGGUGGAUUUCUCAUAUCCAAAUGAAGGGAGAAAACCCUAAGACGCCAGGGCAGAAAUACAAAACAGAUCAACAAUUUUUUUUUAAAUGAUAAAGUUGACUGCACCAUGAUGUUUACUGGCAUCCUUCAGUCUGAUGAACACGAUGAUUGACAACUGAUGAGUUUAAGAAGUUGCAGAGAAGUUAAAAAGCUAGAGAUGGUGAUGUGAGACGUUUUCUUUUUAAGAUUACAAAUGUUUUGUUUUCCUUCAUCAAUCUUCCUCAUCAAAGACCUCAUGUACAAUGACUAGUAUGCACCAUAAUGAUGUUGACAAAAAAGAGGAACGAUUCUUUGAAUCUUUAUUGUUCAGUUUUUUUUUUCUAUUUUCAAGAUAUUGUAUUCCUCUGUGUGUAAUGACUGGUGUAAAACAAAUGAUACUGAAAAUGAUGUACGUCAUAGUCCACCUGAAGAAAGAGAUCGUGUUAUUUUGUUUUUGCAAUUUUAGUUUUUUGACUGCUACAUUUAUUUUCAGUAAACUGUUAAAAGUUGUGUAUUAUAACUGGUGUGCACAACAAAGUUGAUGUCAAUGAUAAAGAUGGUUUACUACAAAGACCAAAGAGAUGUUUUGUGAUGUAAAUGUCUGCAUGAGUCAUGUAUUGCUUCACAUUUGAGCUUUUAAGUAACGUGUUUUGCAGAUCAAAACCAGGAGGAAAAAUGUGUGAUUUCAUACCAGUCUGGGAAUAACACAAAACGAUUCAAAUGACAUUCCUUGUGUUCAUGUCAAUGUCUAAAGACCAUGUGAUGAGAUUAUGUUUGUUUUGUUUUUACUACUUAUUAUUACUUAAUCAACUUUUUUAUUUUCUUGAUUUUAUUAUUCACCAUUUAUUGUAAAUAUAAACUUUGAUGUGUACUUGGAGAGUACAUAAGCCAGCCUCAGUUGAAAUACUGUAAGUGCAUGUUGAUGACGUUUUGCUUCAAGUGCAAAUACUGUGGCAUCCUUCACAUCUUGUUGAUGAUGAACUUUUGAUUUCCAUUCUGUUAGACGGAUAAUGAUCUGAUGAACAAGUGAGAAAGAAGGACUGUUUGAAUGCUCUGAUAACAAAUUUGUUUUGAUGAUUGCAGCUCUUUUCAUAAAGACUAGUGCAAACAAGCUGUUGAUGAUGUUAAAAUACAAUAACAGAGAAACAGAUGUUGUCUAAUACAGUACGUCAUCACUAUUCUUUAAUAUUUGUACAUAUUAAGACAUUUUAUCUUAUCAUUCAUUAUAAAUAUAUCAUUUACAUUUUUACUUUUAUAUGUUAUUUUAUUUGUUGUAAUAUUUUUUAAAAACACACACACUCACGCCGUGUGCACAAAAUGAUGAUGUAGGCAAAGACUAGUGAUGAGAUCAUGUUUUACUUACUUUUAUUUUUACUACUUAUUAUUACUUACUCAACUAUUUACAUGUUUUGUUUUAUAUUCAACUUUGCUUAAUGCACAAAGGCCAUGAGAAACAGAUGUUAUCUAAUGGCAUCACUAUUCUUUCAUAUUUGUACUGUUAUAGUUUCAUGCAAGACACUUUUAUCUUUUCAUUUAUGUUUUACUUUUAAAUAUUCCAUUUGUUUUAUUCUUUUCAAAUAAAUUGCUUAAAGAGCAUUAUGCUGUGUGCACAAUAUGAUGUUGUGGGUCUGUGUCGUACAAAGACCAUGUGAUUUAAAUCACGUUUUACUUACUAUUAUUAUUCGUACUUUUCAUACAUUUAUUGCAGUGCAUCCUAAGUGCUUAAAGUACAAAGACCAUGAGAAACAUGUACUCAUUAUUCUUUAAUAUGCUCUACUGUUUUGUUUAUUUGAAGUAAAGGUAGAAUGAGAAAUGUUGAUGUACUGAAUUUUGUCUGUAGAUUAAAUAUCGUCUAAACAAGCCAACAGCAGAGAAUACUGUUGAUCAUGGUAUUGAUAUUUUCAGAUAUAUUAAAAGUUGAUCCAGCCACAAGAAAGUUGAAAAAUAUAUCGUAUAUAGUUCAACAUUUAUAUCCUUUUUUUUUGUUGUUUUCAGGUUGACAAACAUAAAUUUGUGUGCAUAACGGAAACCAACAAAAUGAUGGUAUGUUGUCAGAUCCUAUGAAAUGUUUUUUGAAGCAAAUAUAACAAUAAAAUGAUUAUACUUAAA